AUUUGAUUCUCUAUUUCAAUUGCAACUUUUCGGCCCGUUUGUCAUUUUUUGGUUAUCGAUGAGGUGUUCCGAAUGAAUAAUUUUAACUCAUGGAUUUUGUCAGACAGUGUUAAUCUAAACUUCUGUUAGAUUUUAAAAGAGUGGUCACACUUAAAGAUGUCUUUUAAGACAUUCGGCACUCGGUGUCACAAAGUAGGACAUGGAUUAACAACUUUAACGAGAAACAGUCUUUGUGACUUUAGACAUGAACUAUUUAAGCAUCGCUUAAAGGAAUCUGUCGACAAGGAGUUAGUUAGGACUACUUUCACUGCCAGUACAAUCCUCAAGAGUAAUGCCACGCGAUUGCCAUUUCAUAGGAACUUCCGGUCUACAGAUACAACACGUGUUUCACGUACAUGUGUUAGUAAAGGACUUUUUGGAUCUGGAAAAGUGCACUAUGUUGCAAAUGUCAAAACAGGGGACCAGUUACAUGCUGGUACGGAUGCAAACAUAUACAUUGUUCUGUAUAGUGAAUCUGGGCAUAAAUCAAAACCAAUAAACUUGGACUAUUUCUUUCGGAAUGAUUUUGAAAGGGGACAGCUGGAUCAGUUCAAGCUUAAAAAUGUUUCUAAUUUAGGCGACAUUCACAAGAUAGAAAUAUGGAGGGACGAUUCCGGAAUAGGAUUUUCAGACUGGUUUCUGGAUUACAUUGAAAUCGAGGCUGAAGAAAACCAGAAGCAGUUUAUGUUUCCGGUUUUCCGUUGGAUUAAACCGCACAAACACUAUAUCAUACAUCAUAUGGACAAUUUCCUUCCGCAAUUUGAUCCUGAGCCUAAAAAUAGACUAGAGCAACUUGAAGAGAAGAGGCGUGCUUACGAGUGUGCAACGAAAGUACCUGAUGGUCCUGCUCAGGCUAAGUCUGUACAUCAUAUAGGAACUAUGUAUGAUAUCAUAUAA